GCUAUGGUGCUUUUACAUCGGAAUAAACAAUGUACACUUUCUGGAAAAAAGUAGUUUUCACUUCCGGGCCGGAAUCGACUCUUCUGUUUCUGUCGUCUUUCUGAUAUCUUCUCCCCCCAGUUUGUGAAACAUAUUAAGCUCAAAGUUUGCGUUUAUCCACGACGACACUGCAGCAUUUGACCGCAAAACAGCCGAUAUGGUUACUGUCAUCAGUGCCUGGAGGGCAACGAGGACGCUGUGGCUGCUCAUGCUAGUGAGUCUGUCUGUGAGCAUCUGUGUUUGCCGAGCAUCUUCAUCAUAUCAGGAGGAGGACAGUGCCAUGGAGAACAUCGUUACUGACAAAAAGGUUGAGGAGAGCCACAGGCAGGACAGUGCGGACCUGCUCAUCUUCAUCAUGCUCCUCACUCUCACCAUCCUGACCAUCUGGUUGUUCAAACACCGGCGGUUCAGGUUUCUGCACGAAACUGGACUGGCGAUGAUUUAUGGCGUACUUGUUGGCGCGGUCUUGCGCUAUGGUAUCCACGUUCCUCGGGACAUAAGCAACGUCACGAUGAGCUGCCACGUUAACGCCAGCCCCGCCACUCUGCUGGUUAACGUCAGUGGCAAAUUCUACGAGUACAAUCUGAAAGGAGAGAUCAGUGCCAACGAACUGAACGACGUCCAAGAUAAUGAGAUGCUGCGUAAGGUGACCUUUGACCCUGAAGUUUUCUUCAAUAUUCUCCUACCACCUAUCAUCUUCCAUGCUGGCUACAGCUUGAAAAGGAGACACUUUUUCCUUAACAUGGGAUCCAUCCUGGCCUAUGCCUUCCUGGGGACAGUUGUUUCCUGUUUUGUUAUUGGGUUGCUGAUGUAUGGCUGUGUGGUGCUAAUGAAGCAGGUGGGACAGCUGGGUGGAGACUUCUUCUUCACUGAUUGUCUGUUCUUUGGAGCCAUUGUCUCAGCCACAGACCCCGUGACGGUCCUGGCUAUCUUCAACGAGCUGCAGGUGGACGUGGAUCUGUACGCUCUGCUGUUUGGAGAGAGUGUACUCAACGAUGCCGUGGCCGUGGUUCUGUCCUCGUCUAUAGUAGCGUACCAGCCACAAGGGGACAACAGUCACACCUUUGAGGUCAUGGCGUUGCUCAAGUCUUUUGGGAUGUUCCUGGGAGUCUUCAGCGGAUCCUUUGCUCUGGGAGUGGCCACCGGGGUCGUCACUGCUCUUGUGACUAAGUUCACUAAACUGAGGGACUUCCCGCUGUUAGAGACAGCUCUGUUCUUCCUCAUGUCUUGGAGCACAUUCCUGCUGGCCGAGGCCUGUGGCUUCACAGGUGUGGUCGCAGUGCUGUUCUGUGGCAUCACUCAGGCCCACUACACCUUCAACAACCUGUCUCCUGAUUCCCAGGACAGGACCAAGCAGUUGUUUGAGCUGCUAAAUUUCCUGGCAGAGAACUUCAUUUUCUCCUACAUGGGUCUGACCUUGUUCACCUUCCAGAGCCAUGUCUUCAAUCCCAUGUUCAUCGUUGGAGCUUUUGUGGCAGUGUUCCUGGGAAGAGCUGCGAACAUCUACCCUCUCUCGUUACUUCUUAAUCUGGGACGACGCAACAAGAUCCGAUCCAACUUCCAGCACAUGAUGAUGUUUGCGGGGCUGCGAGGUGCGAUGACCUUCGCUCUGUCCAUCAGGGACACGGCGACAUACGCCCGUCAGAUGAUGUUCUCCACCACUCUGCUCGUGGUCUUCUUUACUGUUUGGAUUUGUGGAGGUGGCACCACCCAGAUGCUGUCCUGCCAGCGCAUACGAGUGGACGUGGACUCUGAUCAAGAUAACUCCAUGAGUAUAACGGACGGCUCAGAGAGAAGAAGCACCAAACAAGAAAGCGCCUGGCUUUUCAGAAUUUGGUACAACUUUGACCACAACUACCUGAAGCCCAUCCUGACUCACAGCGGGCCCCCUCUCACAGCAACGCUGCCUCUCUGCUGCGGCCCCCUCGCCCGCUUCCUCACCAGCCCUCAGGCCUAUGAGAAUGAGUGCCAGUUGAAGGAUGACGACUCUGACCUCAUCCUGACAGACGGUGAUAUCAACCUGACCUACGGCGACAUCACAGUCAGUACAGAUGCCUCAGGUUCCCACAUGAGCGGAGGUCCAGCCUUCGCUGGCGCUGCCACCUCUGACGACUUGGACAGAGAGCUGACGUACGGAGAUCACGAGCUCGUGAUGAGGGGCACACGUCUGGUGCUGCCCAUGGAUGACUCUGAGCCGCCCUUCACAGACCCCCGCCUGCGGAUGUGAAGAUGGUCUUUAAACGCAGACCCAGAAAUACCGUCCGACUCACACUUACCCGAGCCAUCAAGCAAAAGAGCAGUACCUGACACUUCUCCUUUCACUCCUCCACACUUCCUCUUAUGCUUUUGGCCUCAUUCCUUUUUCUUCCUCACGAUUACAUUUUCUCACUCCCUCUAGUGGCAAAUCACUGUCUCUACCUCAUUCUCGCUCUGCUCCUUUUCCACACCUCUCGGACAUCUGUCAUAAUUGUAAUAUAGUCGUAUUUAUUUGCAGCUUUAUUUUGGUAUUCAAUUGAAAGUCAGUUUGUCAUAGUUUGGCUUGAAGCUGUGUGUCAGUCACAUUACUGUAGCAUUGCACAGAGGUCUAGCAGCAUGUUAGUGUGUAAAUGCAAGUACCAACCACUAGCUAUUUUCUCGAUGUACAGUAUAUCACAAGAGUACUAUAACUUUGAUAUGCAUGCUGAGAAUGCUUGUUUGUUUUUUUUCUUCGUAUGGGAGAUUUAGGGCUUUUGUGUUUUGGGUCUGACCUUGAAUGUUGCUGCCUUCUCUCUGCGCAUCAGAGGCAUGCCGACCCAGUGGACAACUUUACUGUACAUUUUGUUAAAAUCAAGUGCCUGGGAAUUGUAGUUUUAAGCCUGACAACCCAUGAUCAGCUCUUGUGCGCAGAGCCAGUUCAGGAUGGGCAGUAGUUUUUCCUUUGUAAAAAAAAAAACGGGAAAGAAAAGAUACAAAAAACUAAACAGAAAUCUCUGUCCAUAAGGUAGCAAUAUACUCAGUGGGUGUUUGUGCUAUUCACCUGUACAUAGUGUUUAACAGUGGGAUGCCACUGAUGCCGUUGUUGAUCUCUCCCAAUGACCUUUGACUGUGACAUAGAGAGGGACUUAUUUUAGAAGCUGGUGUCGCUCGCAGCAGAACGAAGGGCUGUCGAUCCGAAGAAGAGAUCCAAAUGAACGCAGAAAGAUUAGUGCCAAUUCUGUCCUGCAAUUUCACAUUUUGUGAAAACUGAAUGCGGACGACCUUGAAGUGUUUUGUAUUAUUUUUUUGCAACAGAGCUUAAGUACUUUUAAGCUGAGUCCCAUUUGUCAUAGACAUUUAGCUUUGUGCAUACAUUUUCUAUUACAAUCGCACAUUAAUGUAACACUAGAGGAUUCUCAUUAAAUGAACAGAACAAUUAUUUGUGCCAAUGCUUAAAUGAUGUAACGUUUGAUCAAUUGACUUAUUGAUUAAUCGGCUGAUUGUCGUGGCCCUAGACGUUUAACGAGUUCCAUAAAAUCUAUAAAUAAGACCAAUCCGUCCCUGACAUGAGAAGGUAUUUACGUUCAGCUCAUCGUCAUGAUCUCUGCUGUGCACGAUCGUGUUCUUGAGGGUUAACGGUUGUUGGUCAGCUGUUAAUGCGGGUUAAACAGUCCCCGGGCAACACUGUGUUGAUGUGGACAGAAGAGGAUAAUGAUAGGGUUUCAGAAAAGAGUGAAAGAAAUAGAUUGUAAAAUAGAGACAUGAAGGAGGGAUAGUUACAGUGUGUGUGUGUGUGUGUGUGUGUGUGUGUGUGUGUGUGUAUGUUGGGGAUGAUACAGAAGUGGAAGGAGGAGCAGGCUAUUGGAUAUUGCUUUUCCUUCCACAGUUAUCUUCUGCUGUGCAGGAACCUCUAAUUAAAAGUGUUGGCAUUUGUUUUUAAUCAGGCCUCUUGACACCACUUUGUCCAGGAAAUGAUCUUUUCUUUCUACCAUUUUAUACAAACUACACUGUUUGUGCUGUUGUUGAAUUUUAUUUUGUGGGGAAAAUGAUUAAGUAAAAGAGGGAGGGAAAAAAAAGCUAAAUAAUUUGCACUCAUCCAAUAAGAAUGUUUUUAUUGUUUUGCUCUGAUGUUUUAUGUAACAGCUGCUUUUUAUAUUAUUUACCUUUUUGUAUGUUUUUGAAGGUUGUGGAAAAAUGAGCCAAUUCAUACCAGUUCAAUGAAUCUUGAAUGAAUGAUCGGUAGACGUUAAGUUGGUUCAUUGAUAUUUCUUUGUAAAUGAUUAAUUACAAAUCGCAGUGGCAGCCGAGAUAGUUCUAAGUCCUUUCAUACUGCUGUUACAUCUCUCCAUCUCUCCACCAUUCAGGUACUUUGUGUGUAUGUGUGAUGCUGUUGCCAUGACUUCUACAGAGCAUGAAUCAUCCAUCUUCCACUGAUAGAAAUAUAUAUAUAUAUAUAUAUAUAUAUAUAUAUAUAUAUAUAUAUAUAUAUAUACACAUAUAUACAUACAGAAUUGUUUGCCCCUGUUCUUCAACUGACUUAUGAAAUAAUGUGAAAUCUCCAAAAAGCUGAUAUAGGUUUUGGUGUUUGCCUACUGCUCUGCCAGCGCAUGUUCUCUCUCUGUUCUCUGAAUGGUGACUUGUGAUGGGCUUUGAUCAUUGGAAAUCCUGUCUGAAGUAGCUGACCAAAGAGGCCUGCUGUGCUUUGUGUUUUCAGACAGUUCACUCUAUCUUUAUACGGCAAACUCUCUGUGUGUGGAUGUGUGUAUGUGUGUCUGUGUGUUCAUACCUGCAAGUGUAUAUGAAUGUGUAAACUUGUGUGUGUGUGCAGGAGAGAGGGAGGGACACGUUAUGUUCUCUCUCUCUUCCUCUGUGUUGCAGGUACUGACUGUUACAUCUGUGUAAAUAUACUCUCACCUGUUCAUGUGCGUGCAACUGUCAAUAAAUCGAAGCCUGUGCUUUUGAUUAAAGCCCUCGCUCUAAAGGCCUCCUCA